UAGAAGGAUUUGGAAACUUAUUAAGAGAAAAUUGGAAUGUGUGAUAGAAAUGAGUUUAUUUGAUGUGAUAUUUUAUAUUAAAGAUGAUGUUUUGAAAUGUAAAUAACUAUAUAUUGACAUUUUUUGAAAACAACAACAACAAAAGUGAUUGUGAGAAAUGUAAAUUCACAAAGGAAUUGAAACGUGUAAAAAAUAUUUUAUCUGGCUAUGUUAGUGAUGUAAUUAAAGUGACUAUGUACAAAUGCCACACACAAAAAGAAAAAAAGAAAAAAAAGAAAAGAAGAUUAAAAGUGUUGUCAUCAUUUUAUCUCCGCCCUAAUAGGAAACCUACUGGGAGAGGCAUCAUGGAAUAUACAGUCACCUUAUUGAGUAUCUGAAGGGAACAGGGCUAAUAGAAAGAAUUUAGGCCUUUUUUCUUUUCUUUCCUUUUCUUUUCUUUUCUUUUUUCUCUUUCUUUUCCUGCUAAUCUACUGUUCCACACUGCAGUCCGGUAGGUGGCGGUACUGCACCUGCAAACUGGUUUGCCGCCAAUCAAACCAAAAGAAGAAGAAAAAGAAUCUCCGCCCUAUUUGCCUUUGCGCGCGUGUGUUGUGGCGGGAGAUUCCGGCAUGGCGGUGCAGCCUAAACAAAAUCUGUCCAUGGACAGUGUAUCUGAAAAUGGAUUCCUAAAUUUCUAUUUUUCUAUGCCUGAGAAACCUGACACAACCGUGAGAAUAUUUGAUCGCAAUGAUUAUUAUACGGUGCAUGGAAAAGAUGCUGUUUUUGCAGCCAAGGAGGUUUUCAAGACGAAUGGAGUCAUCAAAAAUCUGGGCUCAGGAAAUAGGAGGUUGGAGAGUGUGGUCCUCAGUAAGAUGAACUUCGAGUCAUUCGUGAGGGACCUACUGUUGGUCAGACAGUACCGAGUGGAAGUUUACAGGAAUGCCAGUAAGAGCAGCAAAGACCAUGACUGGCAAAUAUCUUUCAAGGCGUCUCCAGGAAACCUGACCCAGUUUGAGGAGAUUUUAUUUGGCAGUGGAGGAGGACCUGGGGAGGGAGCUGUUGGUGUGGUAGGGGUGCGUCUUGGCACUGGAGGUGAUGGACAGCGUGUUGUCGGGGUUGGGUAUGUGGACAGUACCCUCAGGAAACUUGGUGUGUGUGAGUUUCCAGACAAUGAUCAGUUCUCCAAUCUGGAAGCUCUGCUGGUGCAAAUCGGGCCCAAAGAGUGUGUGCUACCGGGAGGAGAUGCAGGUGGAGACCUUGGAAAACUUAGACAGGUGGUACAGCGUGGAGGCAUUUUACUCACAGAUAGAAAGAAAUCAGAAUUUACUACCAAAGACAUUGUGCAGGAUCUGAAUCGGCUGCUAAAGGCCCGCAAGGGAGAGACCGUGUCCAGUGCUGCCCUUCCAGAGAUGGAGAAACAGAUUGCAAUGUCUUGCUUGGAAGCAGUCAUCAAAUACCUGGAGCUCCUCUCAGAUGAAGCCAGUUUUGGUUCCUUCAAGAUGACCACUUUUGACCUCAACCAGUACAUGCGGCUGGAUAAUGCUGCUGUGCAGGCCCUGAAUCUCUUCCAGGGUUCCUCUGAUGAUACUACAGGCACUCACUCUUUGGCAGGUCUUUUAAACAAAUGUCGUACCCCACAAGGACAGCGGUUGGUAAACCAGUGGAUCAAACAGCCUCUCAUAGACAAAAACAAGAUAGAAGAAAGACUGGACCUUGUGGAGACCUUUGUGGCAGACUCUGAGCUGAGGAAGAGUUGCCAAGAGGAUCUUCUCCGCCGUUUUCCAGACCUCAACCGGAUGGCGAAAAAGUUCCAGCGUCAGAGCUCUAAUUUACAGGAUUGUUACCGGGUCUACCAAGCUGUGGGUCAACUCCCAGGUCUGGUGUUGACUUUAGAGAGAUACAGUGGAAAACAUCAGGUCCUCCUGCACGCAGCAUUCAUCUCUCCCCUUAGUGACCUCAUCUCUGACUUCUCCAAAUUUCAGGAGAUGAUUGAAACUACACUGGACAUGAACCAGGUCGAGCAUCAUGAGUUCCUGGUGAAACCCUCAUUUGAUCCCACAUUGAGUGAGCUCAGGGAGAACAUGAACGGGCUGGAGAAAGCCAUGCAAGCUGCCUUGAACAGUGCAGCACGAGAGCUUGGGCUUGAUGCAGGCAAGACUGUGAAGCUUGAAUCCAAUGCCCAGAUCGGUUACUUCUACCGAGUCACAUGCAAAGAAGAGAAAAACCUUCGCAACAACAAGAAAUUCACAACUUUAGAUGUUCAGAAAAAUGGAGUGCGCUUUACUAACAGUAAGCUGAGCUCUUUGAAUGAAGAGUACACUAAAAACAGGGAAGAGUAUGAAGAGGCGCAAAACGCCAUUGUCAAAGAGAUCAUCAGCAUAGCUGCAGGAUAUGUGGAUCCAGUGCAGACACUGAAUGAGGUGAUUGCUCAACUGGAUGCAGUGGUGAGCUUUGCUAUGGUGUCCCAUGCUGCUCCAGUGCCUUAUGUAAGGCCCAGAAUACUAGAGAAAGGAUCAGGCAGACUCAUUCUGAAGGCAGCAAGACACCCAUGUGUUGAAGCCCAAGAUGAUGUGGCUUUCAUUCCCAAUGAUGUCACUUUCUCAAGGGGCGAGGAGAUGUUUCAUAUCAUCACAGGUCCAAAUAUGGGUGGUAAGUCUACAUAUAUCCGUCAGAUGGGUGUGAUUGUUCUGAUGGCACAGAUUGGCUGUUUUGUGCCAUGUGAAGAGGCAGAGCUGAGUGUGGUGGACUGCGUGCUUGCUCGAGUGGGUGCAGGGGACAGCCAGAUCAAAGGAGUGUCCACCUUUAUGGCAGAGAUGCUGGAGACUGCUGCUAUCCUCCGAUCAGCCACCGAGGAUUCUCUCAUCAUUAUUGAUGAAUUGGGCAGAGGCACAUCCACGUAUGAUGGCUUUGGUCUGGCUUGGGCAAUCUCAGAAUACAUCGCCACCCGUCUCAGGUCCUUCUGCCUGUUCGCCACUCACUUCCAUGAGCUGACGGCACUGGCACAGCAAGUGCCCACUGUCCGUAACCUACAUGUCACUGCCCUGACCACAGACAGCACUCUUACUAUGCUUUACAAGGUGAAAAAAGGUGUGUGUGACCAGAGCUUUGGGAUUCAUGUGGCAGAGCUUGCUAAUUUCCCCAAGCAUGUGAUUGCUAAUGCAAGGGAGAAAGCUUUGGAGCUUGAGGAGUUCCAGGAUAUCUCAAGAGCCGGGGAAGAGGGGGCUGGGGCUGGACCUGAAGCCAAGAAGCGCUGCCUCGAAAAACAGGAGGGAGAGAAGAUCAUCGAAGCUUUCCUGGCUAAGGUUAAAUCAAUGCCUGUUGAUGGCAUGACGGAUGAAGCAGUCAAAGAAGAGCUACACAAACUGAAGGCAGAGGUCAUCGGCCAAAACAACAGCUUUGUUAAUGAGAUAGUGUCACGUUCUUCCAAAGUCAAACUGGCCUCAGCCUGAGGGGUAUCUUUGUCAUUGCGGACAAAAGCUUUUGUUUAAAAAUGCAUAAAAUCUAUAGUAGAUUAGAAAAAUUGUUCCAUUUUAGAGCCAUCUCUUUUCAGUUUAUUUUUUUCUGCAGAGUUUUUUUUUCUUGUAUAUUCUGUCCUCAUAAUCCUCUUUCAGAGUAAACUGUUUCUAAAUA